ACGUAUUUAGUGAUGCAUUAAUGUGUAUGUAUAUGAAACAUGAAUAUGUCAUUAAUUUUUACUCAAAAAGAAGAAAGAAAAGGAUAAAUUGAGCGAAUCGGCCUUUCUGGACAAGAAGCGUGUGAUCACCUCUUUACUCAUCCAUAGAUUUUCGUAGCGUCUCUCUCCUGGUUUUGUAAUCCCUUCUUCUACGAAAAUUUCCAUCUAUCGCCAUGGCCAAGAGCUCCUUCAAGUUGGAACACCCCCUCGAGAGGCGGCAGGCAGAAGCCUCUCGCAUCAGAGAGAAGUAUCCGGAUAGAAUUCCCGUCAUUGUGGAGAAGGCUGAAAGGAGUGACAUUCCUGACAUUGACAAGAAGAAGUAUCUAGUUCCUGCUGAUCUUACUGUUGGGCAAUUUGUGUAUGUUGUCCGAAAGAGGAUAAAGCUAAGCGCUGAGAAAGCAAUUUUUAUCUUUGUGAAGAACAUCCUUCCCCCAACUGCUGCUAUGAUGUCUGCAAUUUAUGAGGAAAACAAGGAUGAGGAUGGCUUUCUCUACAUGACUUACAGUGGGGAGAACACCUUUGGCUCCUCCUAAAUCUGCUCUGCAGUUCAAGAACUGCAGACUUGUACAUUAAUCUCAGAAAAAUUUGUAAAUUCGUAAUUUCUUGGGUAUCGCGUUCCAAUGUUAUGAACUUAAGAAUUCAAAGGCGACUGCAAAACUAGUACUCCGUAUUAUCUAUCUAGUACUGCAUUGAAAAGAUUGUGUUUUUCUUCAUCCUACUAUUCGUGGAGCGGUCUUUAGUGCCUUUAGUUGACCGG